AUGCAAGAAUUGGAAACCAAAGAAGAGGGAAUAGAGCAAACAGAUGAUGCACCAAGUGUGUGGCAAGAGGACCCGCGCGCGGGCACGGCUCUGGAGCUGGUGUUCUGUCACCUGGGCGCGGCGGCGCUGGCGGCGGCGGGGGGCACGUGCUCCGCCUGGCGCCGCGCCGCCGCCGCGCCCCCCGCGUGGCGCGCCGCGCUGCAGGCACGGCUGCAGGACCAGGGAUUGGACGAGAUUGAUGCCCUCAAGAGGCUCCUACGCAUGAGGAAACACACUGAUAUAUCCUGGCGUAGCGAGGCCAUCCGCGCAUCGGUGCCCUGGCGACUAUCAGGGACUAUUACUGGUGCAGCGAAGGGUGAAGAAAUACAGGGAGCUGCUCUAUGCCACUGCUCGUUGCAGCUGGCGCUGGGCGGGUCCGGGGCCGAGGUGACGGUGUGGCGGCGCGGCGCGGGGCGGGGCGGCGCGGGCUGGGCGGCGGCGGCGCUGGGCGGGCGGCUGUCCCUGGCGCCGCGCGGCUGGCUCGGCGUCUCCACGCUGCAGUGGGCGCCCGCCUGCGACCGCCUGCUCGUCACCGGACACAUCGCCCUGUCCGCCAGAUGGGAGCUCGCCAUCCUGGCUGUAUCAGAAGACAAGGGCGUCCGGUUGAUGCUGCGCGCGGCGGUGGGGCCGGGUGGCGCGGCGGGCUGGGCGGGGCGGCGCCUGCUGGCCCUCGGAGCCCCCGUGCGCGCCGGCGCCGGCGGCGUCACCACACUGUGGCUUUAUAGUGCUACACAGGAGACUGAAUCGGAACACACUGGCGUGGCGACGCCAUUACUCCAUCUAUACAACGAGGCUGCUGCACACUUCAGUCAUGCCCUGGUAGUGCCGCUGCCAAACACCGAAACUCCAGACGAGGAUGUGGAAGAGCAAUACUUCCGACACAUUCAACAGGAUCCCCCGGUUAAUUCCGGCAACGAGGAGGAGUACCAGGUGGUGUGGGCGCAGGGCGGGGCGGCGGCGGGCGCGCGGCGCGGCGCGUGCACGAGCCUGGCCGCCGUGCGCGUGCGCGCGCGCUCCCCGCCGCCGCUGCGCGCCGAGGGGUCGCUGGCGGAGCGCGCGGCGCGCCGGGAGCGGGAGCGGGAGCGGGAGCGGGAGCGGGAGCGGGAGAGGGGGGAGGACUGGGAGGAGCCCGAGCCGGACGAGAUGACGCUGCGCGCGCUGUGCGAGCCACCGCACGCCUGCCUGCCGCUGGGCGGACGCGUGCUCGGACUCACUUCUAGGGGAAGUUGCGUCUACGCCAGUAUCACAGCGGGCGCCGGGGCGGGCGGCUCGCGCGUGGUGGUGGCGCUGCUGCCGGCGCUGCGCAAGGUGCUGGAGGUGGCGGCCCCGGGCGAGCGCGCCCCGCCCUACUACCUGCAACCUGCCGCCAACCAGUACUUCUUCGGAGCGCCCGCCGGCGACGGCACGGGGCGCGUGAGUGUGUGGGGCGCGGCGAGCGGCGCGCGGCGGCCCCCCCUCGCGCACCCCGCGCCCUGCGUCGCGCUCGCCCUGCCGCCGCCCCUCGCCGGCAGCCGCGGCGAGACGCACACGGCGCUAGUGGCCGCGGGGGCUGAUGUUUAUGUAUGGAGUGCCACGGUCCCGUUAGAAGAAUAGAUAGAAAAUGAUGUUCUUACCCACCCAGUUCCAACAUUCUCCUAUGAAAAGCAUGUAACAUCCUACCUAAUCAUGGAAAAGGACGAUUAAAAGGUCUUGUGGACCCC